AUGUAUCAUCCGACGAGAGGCGGUGUUCGCGGUGGUCGAGAUCAAUUCAGUUGGGAUGAAGUGAAAGCUGAUAAACAUAGGGAGAACUAUUUGGGUCACAGUAUCAAGGCCCCUGUUGGAAGAUGGCAAAAAGGUAAAGAUCUUCACUGGUAUGCUAGAGAUAAAAAAAACAAGGGUUCCAACACGGAUGCUAUGAAAGAAGAGAUUCAAAGAGUUAAGGAACAGGAGGAACAAGCCAUGAGGGAGGCUCUGGGCUUGGCACCAAAGUCCUCUACAAGACCACAAGGCAAUCGCCUUGACAAGCAAGAGUUUACUGAACUUGUGAAGAGGGGUUCGACAGCAGAGGACUUGGGUGCAGGGAAUGCUGAUGCAGUGUGGGUUCACGGCCUUGGCUAUUCAAAUUUACCUUCGUACUUCUUCUCACAUUUCGAUCUGCAACUCUGUACAGAGCACCACGACCUUGGGAAGAUCCGAGCACCCUUACAUCCUCUCAGAAAGAAGACGCAGGACCGGCAAGUUUGCCAGCAGAUACAUCAGAGAUCAAAACUGUUGAAGAUGAUGCUCUGA